CGGCCCCUUUCCCGAUCUCCGCGGUGGUGCUGGUGGCGUAGGCGCUAAUGCGUGCGUGCCCAGGUCCUGGAGCAGUCUGAGAGUAAGAGGGAGGCGGGGUAUAUGAUCGUCAUGGGCUCGAAUGCGAUGCGUGUGAUUAAUAAGAUUGGCGUUGAUGCGAAGAAGGCAGGUACCGUUGAUGUGGACUUUAUUGAGCGUCGGGAUUACAAGACGUUGGAGCUAUUGUCGAGUUUGGAUGCUGCGAAGGAUCCAAAGGCACCUGCGAAGUCGUAUUAUCGCCCUGACUUGCACAAUGAGCUAAAGAGAGUUGCGCUUCUCGGGUUAGGAUGCAAAGCCGCGAAGUUGGUUCUUGACGCGAAAGUCGUCAGUGUGGACAUCAACAAUGCAAGUGCCACACUUGCCGACGGGAGGGUUUUCAAAGGUGAUGUACUAAUAGGCGCCGACGGCGAGCGUUCAAUCGUCAAAUCCUCCUUCAGCGAGCCCGGCAGCAUCCAACAAGCCCCCUUCAAAAUCUUCCGCUCCCUCGUUCCCACCUCCGUCUUCCUCUCUGACGAGCGCACCCGCCGCGUCCUCGACCUCUCCCACAACCGCUUCCUCAUGUUCUGCCACCCCACCAACUCCCUCGUCUCCGUCCUAAUCGGGCGCAACAGCGACCUCAUCGACAUCGAAUGCGGUUACCGGCGUCGCAAAGGUGAGAGGGCGAUAGAUGUGUCUGACCAGGCAGCGAUCAGGGCAAGGCUCUUGGAGACGUUCAAGGAGUAUCAUCCGGAUAUUAGGUGUGCGAUCGAAACGGCGACGGUGACUACUGAUUGGGAGGUAUGGAAGUGCAAGCCCCAGAAGCAUCUGGCGCAGGGGAAGGCGGUGCUUACGGGCGAUGCGGCGCAUUCUAUGGAGCCGACGACUGGGCAGGGUGGGUCGCAGGGCCUUGAGGAUGCGGGGGCGCUGGCGGUGUUUUUGAGUAAUAUUGGGAGCAAGGAUGAGAUUCCGCAUCGUCUGGAGCUUCUUGCGAAGAUGAGGGGAGAGCGCACGGCGAAGGUGGUGGCGCUGUCGGGGGUGAGACCUGGGGAGGAGGAGAUCAUAAGGAAGAAUUAUCCCAGACAUGCGAUUAAUCGGUCGAGUAUUAAGAAUGGGGUUGAGCAUAUUGUAUUUUUGUAUGAUUAUGAUGUGAUAGAAGAGAGCAAAAAGACGUUGCAAGCGGCUGCGACGCCGAGGGCCAGCCUUUAAAUCUUUCAAGUUGAGUAAAGGUCGAUAUACAUGGAUGUAGAUGGCAGAAUUGAUCGUUAUUAUGUCAGCUCCUUCACUGUGUAUGCACUACGCAAACCUCAUAUAUGAUACGUUUCAAACAGAG